CCAUAGGUUGACAAUAUGUCGUUCCUGGGGAGAGUUGUGUUUCUGUGUUUGAUAGUGCUGUAUGGGUGUCGGAGGCACGACGACCAACAACAGGCCAUGUUCGUCGCAGGUCCCGUGACCAAUGAGCAGGUGGAGAGCCUGCAUGAAGAGGCUUCUGGGGGCGCAUUGCUGAACACAUUUGACUGCAGUCAUCCCACACCUCCUGGCACCCGACAGUACUUUGAGUACCUGAAGAGCAGAGGGGUGACCCACUUCAAAGUGCUGCUGUCAUGGGCUCAACUUUUACCCUCAGGCCUUCCUAACCAGCCUCAAAAGACUGUGGUUACCUGUUACCAGAGCCUGCUGACACAGCUGCUGGAGGUGGGCCUUCAGCCCCUGGUUGUUCUUCAUGACUCCGCUGUGCCAGAUGCACUGAGAUCAAGGUAUGGAGGUUGGGAGAGCCAGGAGCUGGUAAACAAGUUUGAACAGUAUGCAGAGUUUGUGUUUGAGGAGUUUGGGGAGCUGGGAGACUCGUGGGUGACACUGAGCAGCUUGGAUGAGCUAAAGGGUGCUGAGCUACAAAAUGCCCUUGAUGCACACGCCACAGUCUAUCAUCGAUACCACCAGCUGUUUCCUGGGAGAGAUGGACAAGUAUCAGUUGGAGUGAAGGGCAGUCAAAUCGCAGUCAUCUGUGACACCCAAAACCUGAAAUAUGUAGAUUUCCUCUCUAUCAAAGUUCAAUAUGACUGCAACUCUGGCAGAAACCUGGCAGAAGAACUGCAAAAUGUCAUGGGAAAGUGUGGACAGAAACCAGUUCUCUUUUAUGAGGUGAACAUCAAUGAUUGUUCUCCUUACGACUUCCUGUCUGACACCAAAACAUCAACAGACCAAAAUGUUAUUGGGUUGGACAUGAUGAAUCUGUUAUGGCCAGUUGACGCUAUACCAAAAAGGGACGAUGCUGUCAGAAACAGUCUUGUCACACCGACGUGUUCCGUAACCUACUGCAAAACUUGGAGCAAUUUUGCCACCGUGACCUCAUCUCAGCGAGAUACCUUCCUGAAUGAAUCCUUCCCUGCUGACUUCCAGUGGGCCACCUCCAGUGAAUCCUUCAAGGUUGAAGGUGGCUGGUCAGUAGGUGGAAAAGGGGAAACCAUCUGGGACCACUUUGGCCACCAAGACAUGGCCUUUGCAAAUCAGACAGCUGAUCUAGCCUGUGACAGUUUCCACAAGGUGGAUUAUGAUGUCUACCUCCUGCGAGGUCUUCAUGUCAACACCUACCAGUUUUCCAUCUCCUGGGCUCGUAUUUUCCCUUCAGGCCACCGAAGCAGCCAAUCAGAGAAAGGGGCUCUCUACUAUGACAAGUUGAUCAAUGCACUCAUUGACUCUGGCAUACAGCCUGUUGUCACUCUCUUCCACUGGGAUCUGCCACAGGCACUGCAGGAUCACGGUGGAUGGACCAACACCUCCAUUGUUGAAGCUUUCAAGGACUAUGCAGACUUCUGCUUCUCCAGGUUUGGAGACAGGGUCAAGACCUGGAACACAUUCAGUAGCCCCUGGGUGGUGAGCCAUGCUGGGUACGGCACUGGUGAGCAUCCUCCUGGAAUAAAGGACUAUGUGGUUGCAUCCUAUCAGGCCACUCACAAUAUACUGAAGUCCCAUGCUGAGACUUGGCAUGUCUACAAUGACAAAUACAGGGCAAAACAAGGAGGAAAAGUGGGCAUAGCUUUGAAUUCUGACUGGGCAGAGCCCAAAGACCCCUCCAGCCCUGAAGACAUAGCAGCUGCAGAUCGUUACCUGCAGUUCAUGUUGGGCUGGUUUGCACAUCCCAUAUUUGUAGAUGGAGAUUAUCCUGCAACACUGAAGGCCCAAAUUGAAGAGAAAAGAAAAGAGUGUCCCCUCUCUGAGCCGGCAAGGCUUCCAGUUUUCACCCCUGAAGAGAAAAAGAGGAUACGUGGAACAGCAGACUUUUUAGGUUUAAACCACUAUACGUCCAGGCUGGUCAACAACAGUGAUGGUGGCUGCACCCCUGGUCCUCAGGCGGUUGGUGACUUCCAGGCACAUGUGGAUCCAUCAUGGUCCUCUACAGCUUCUGACUGGAUAUAUUCUGCACCCUGGGGUCUCCGUAGGCUCCUGAACUACAUUUCCAAAGAAUAUCUAAAUGUUACCAAAGUGCCUGUUCAUAUAACUGGGAAUGGGAUGCCAACCGAUUACAAAGGGGACACACUCAAGGACACGAGCAGAAUAGACUACAUGAGGAGUUACAUCAAUGAGGCCCUGAAAGCUAUACAUCUGGAUGGAGUAAAUGUGCAGCGGUUUACUGUUCAGUCACUAAUGGAUGGUUUUGAGGGCCCACAAGGCUACAGUGAACGGUUUGGACUUCACCAUGUCAACUUUGACCUGUCUGACAGACCCAGGACUCCAAAGCAGUCUGCCUAUUUUUACUCUGAGGUUAUUGAAAAGAACGGUUUUGCUUCCAAAAAACAGUUGGUUCAUGUAAGAGAAGUGAACAACAUGCAACCACAUAGAGUUUCCCCAAUGCCACCUUCCACAGUCCCAUCUCAAGCCAAGGAUGUCUGGAGGAAAUUCUCGAGCCAAAGUAAUUUUCAGAGAAAACUUUACCACUAUGGUACUUUCCCUCAUGGCUUCAGUUGGGGAGUAUCAUCAUCAGCUUACCAGAUUGAAGGUGGCUGGAAUGCUGAUGGAAAGGGGCCCAGUGUUUGGGAUACAUUCACCCAAAAACCUGGCAGUAUUCCUGGUAAUCCCACUGGUGAUGUAGCCUGUGAUAGCUACCACAGACUUGAUGAAGACCUCUACAUGCUGCGAGCUCUGAGGGCGAAGUCAUACAGAUUCUCUUUGUCCUGGUCCAGGAUCUUUCCUGAUGGUCGGCGGACCUCCAUGAACCAGAAAGGUGUCGACUUCUACAACAGACUCAUUGAUGGUCUCUUAGCAUAUAACAUCACCCCCAUGGUGACACUCUAUCACUGGGACCUCCCUCAAGCUCUGCAGACCAUCAAAGGUUGGGACAACACAGAAAUGAUUGACAUUUUUAAUGACUUUUGUGAUUUCUGCUUUGCCACAUUUGGGAACAGAGUGAAAUUCUGGAUGACCUUCAACCAGCCUUACACAAUUGCAUGGUCAGGAUAUGGACUUGGACAGAUCCCACCAAAUGUUAAAAAUCCAGGAAUUGCACCAUACAGAGUUGCACACAACUUGAUUAAAGCUCAUGCUAAGGCCUACCAUACAUAUGAUGAUAAGUACCGCAAAUCCCAAGGUGGUCUAGUAUCCAUUGCUCUCAAUGCUGACUGGAUUGAACCUAAAGAUGUUAAUGUUCCCAGAGAGGUGGAGGCUGCUGAUCGUGCGCUGCAGUUCCAACUUGGCUGGUUUGCUCACCCUAUUUUCAAGAACGGUGACUAUCCUGAUGCAAUGAAGUGGCAUAUUGGGAACAAAAGUGAACUCCAGGGACUUUCGGGGUCAAGACUUCCUUCCUUUACAGAAGAAGAAAAGAGUUUCAUCAGGGGAACUGCUGACAUGUUCUGCAUAAACCACUACACGACAAAAAUAGUGAGUCAUGUUACAACGCAACUAAGCCCCGCAUCUUAUGAAUAUGACAAGGAUGUGUCAGAAGCAGAGGAAGGUGAUUCACCAACUACUGUCAUCAGUAACCAGAGAGCUGUCGCAUGGGGCUUGAGAAGACUCCUCAACUGGAUCAAAGAGGAGUAUGGGGAGCCAGAAAUUUAUAUUACUGAGAAUGGAGUAGCUACAGACAGUAUGAAUACGUUUGAUGACUUAGACAGAAUAUUCUACUACAAAACAUAUGUUGAUGAGGCUUUAAAGGCCCAUGAUCUUGAUGGUGCAAAGGUGAGAGGAUACAUAGCAACAUCACUCAUGGAUUCUUUUGAGUGGCUUAAUGGCUACAAAGUUGGAUUUGGGUUGUACCAUGUCGACUUCACCAAUCCAAACAGACCAAGGACUCCCAAACGCUCAGCUCACUAUUACUACCAGGUCAUUAAGGACAAUGGUUUCCCAUUGCCAGAUGAUGAGAAGGUGCUUUACGGACACUUUCCUAAAACCUUUAACUGGAGCACUGCCAGUGCUGCUUACCAGGUUGAAGGGAGCUGGAGAGCCCACGGCAAAGGACUGAGCAUCUGGGACAAAUUUGCCCAUAUUCCUUUGAAAGUGGCCAACAGUGAUGAUGGUGAUGUUGCUUGUGACAGUUACAACAAGAUUGAUGAAGACGUGGAGGUGUUGAAGAAGUUGAAGGUAUCCUACUAUCGCAUGUCUGUAUCGUGGCCCAGGGUGCUUCCUGAUGGGACCAACAAACACAUCAAUGAAGCUGGACUGAACUACUACAUCAGAUUAAUAGAUGCUUUGACAGCUGCAAAUAUUCAGCCACAGGUCACCUUGUACCACUGGGAUCUUCCCCUGGCACUACAGACGGUGGGAGGUUGGGAGAAUGAAACCAUUGUGCACAGAUUUAAAGAUUAUGCCGAUGUUUUAUUCAGCCGACUUGGACACAAAGUCAAGUUCUGGAUUACCUUAAAUGAGCCCUACAUUGUUGCAAACCUUGGCUAUGGAUACGGUACCUUUGCUCCAGGCAUUGUAGGUAAGCAGUAUGUCGCAGCGCAUAACCUGAUCAAGGCCCAUGCUGAGGCUUGGCACCUCUAUAAUGACAAGUAUCGUGCAACACAGGACGGCAUCAUCUCCAUUACCAUUAAUUCUGACUGGGUGGAGCCACGUAACCCGUACAAGCAGGAGGACGUGGAUUCAACCGACCGCUACUUGCAGUUCUUCAUCGGCUGGUUUGCCCAUCCCAUCUUCAACGGUGAUUAUCCCGACUUGAUGAAAACAAUUGUUCGCAGAAGAAGCCUUGCUGCAGGUCUCCCCGAGUCACGACUUCCUGAGUUCACUCCCGAGGAAAUCAAGAGGAUCAACGGAACUCAUGAUUACUUUGGCUUUAACCAUUACACCUCAGUCCUUUCAUUCCCUAUUGAUAUGGGAAAUCAGCAGGAUUAUGAAGGUGACAGGGGCACUGGAGUCACACACGACCGCACAUGGCUCGAAUCUGGCUCCUCCUGGUUGAAGAUCACUCCAUUUGGAUUCAGGAAAAUCCUCAAGUUCAUCAAGGAUGAGUAUGGAAACCCACCUGUCUAUGUCACAGAAAACGGGGUUUCAGAAAAAGGCCCAGUGGAUUUGAAUGACAUCCACAGGACACACUAUUAUGAGAACUACAUUAACCAGGCCCUGAAAGCCCAAGUUCUGGACGGAGUGGAUCUCAGAGGCUACACAGCCUGGUCGUUAAUGGACAACUUCGAGUGGGCCUCGGGCUACUCUGAGCGUUUUGGACUCUUCUUUGUAAACCGCUCCGACCGGAGUUUUCCUCGCAUUGCUAAAAACUCUGCAUCUCGCUAUGCCUCCAUCAUCACCUGCAACGGCUUCCCAGAUCCAGCCCUUGGGCCUCAUGAAUGUUUGAACCCUGAACCUGAAGCUACAAGUGCGCCCCCUGUGACAGAGAACUCGCUUCAUACAACUGUCUCUGUUCUGCCUCUGAACAUGAUGGUAGACUUCCUGGGGCUGGAGCUUUCACCUCAAGAUGCUGAAGUGGCACUUUACGUCAUCUUUGCAUUUCUUCUUGUAAGUGCACUGGGGAUCAUCUCUGUUGUGUACUGGCUCCUGAAAAUAAAGAAGAAGUUGAGGAGGGCACCCACAGAUUCUGUAAAGUUGGAGAGAAUGUGAGGAAGGUUUUUGGAUCAAGUCUUUCAUUAAAUGUGUUUUGUUAAGAAUUAGUUAUUCACAUUUUUAUUAAGUUAUACAAAAAUGAUUGUUUCCCCUUCCUGUCAUUAUCUAUGUGUUAAUAUAAUGUUGUAAUCACUGCAGUGUUUUUUUCACUUGUUAUUGUAUGAAAUAAAGACUGAAAGACUGAAUUAUUCCCA